AUGAGUAAGAGUAAAGGUAAUGUGGUCGACCCUUUGGAAUUGCUAAAAAAAUAUCCCCGUGACCUGCUGCGGGCCUACUUUGUUACCAAAAUAAACUUUUUACAAAAUGGAACAUUGGAAGAAAACUUAUUGCACGAUUUCUAUCAAGAUUUUUUUGUUAAUAAUUUGAGUAAUUUAGUUGCACGGACUAGUGAAAAAAUCUUUCAGAUAUUUAACUUUAGUCCGGAGGAACUUAACGAUAAUAACUUAUUGGAAUUUGCUUAUUUGAAUGAAUUUAAAGUCAAUUCCUUAACUAAACAUUUAUAUACUGCACUAGUUUGUGAUUGGGACGAAACUAUUCAACCCCUCAAACCAGCCAUGAUUUACGAAAAAAUGAGUCCUGAUGCCGGAAUUUCUCUUGCUGAGUUCACUGAGAGAUUUGGAAAAGAAAGGAAACCAGGACAAAAAGAAAUAAGAAGUUAUGCAGAGGGCUAUACAGGUAAAGAGGAAGAAAAAAGAGUCUUUAAACAAGAAAUAAUUGAUGUAGCAAAAAAAGAAAAAAAAAUAAGCGACAAGUUUUCUAGCGGAAUCCAUCAAAUAACUUUUCUUACACCUGAAUUCGACGCAAAAGCAAAAGCACUAAAAAGUGAAAAAGAAUUAAAUGAGAGUAAUCCUAUCUUGGCUGUGGCAACUAGUCAUCGUGUUAGCGACAAAGUCAAUUUUGAAAAAGUUACUUCUUCCCCUUAUGUUUUUAAAAAAGAUCUAAUUUACAGCGAGAUGGUAGGAAUUAGUCCCGAUGACUACAUUAGUCCGUUAGAUAUCGUUAGAGUGAAUAAAGAAGAAAUAACAAGACAUAUUGCCAAAGCGGUUAACAGCAAUUUUGGGAAAGGAAUCAAAGACUUUUUGGAUGAGACUGUAAGCGUUGACAAGGAUAGAAAGUUUAACUUACAAGCAGAGAUGAAAGAAAACAGUGAAAAACUCGAUAAUUUAACUUCUUCGAAUGUAUCUAAAAAUGCAGUUAGCGAACCUAAUGAGCAUGAAAACCCUAACAAUCCCAGUGCAAGCAGAAAAUUUAUUUACAAAGGAACUGAUAAAGAGUUAAGAACAGCUUAUGAAAAGUUUGAAAAAUUAUAUAAAGAAAGAAAUAAAGAUUCCAAUAAGAAUGCUGAAAAAUACAAGAAAUUAGGGGUAGUUGACAGUCAACAUAUUCUCUCUACCACUGAUGACAUAUUAAAAGCUUUAAAAGAAGGUUUAAUUAGUGACUUAAAAAUUGUUACUGCCAGUUAUGUUAUUAAUAAAAGCAGUCCUUCUAAUGUAAUUAAAGCAAAAAGAAAAAGAUUUGCUAGAACUUUCGGUAAAUUUCCCCAGUGCAGUUUUUAUCUACAGGAAAUUGAAAAAGUCAAUGUCAGAGAACAUUUUCCUGACAGGACUUUUGUCAUUAAUGAUUAUAAAUACAGUAGAGACGAAGCAAUAGGAGACAAUAUCUACCACAUUAAAACCACAGUCUCUGACCUUAAAGACGAAGACUUUGCUAUUGCCGCUUUAGAACUAAAAACCAAACAGUUAGAACAACAAUUAAAAACUAGCAAAGCCGAGAGAGAGAGAGGAAACCUACUUCUGAUUGGUGGGGGAAUAGCAUUUUUGGAAAAAGGAUUUGUAUUUACCGACAAAAAUGGUGUAGAGAAAGAAAUUAAAUAUGCAGGGGGAUUUGAAACCAAAAAAGAAGUUUGCCGGGAUUUUUCCAUGUUGGAUGGCGAAUUAUUUGACAAAUUAGAGUAUAUUGCCCGAAAAAUUCGCAAUAAUCCGCGACCGUUUGGGGGUCUCCAAUUAGUUUUGUUGGUAAAAGUCUAUCGCCAAAAAGAUACUGAACUUAUUGAAUUACUUAACGAACUAAGAUUUGGUCAACUUUCAGAGAAAUCACAAAUAAUUUUGAAAAAAAUCGAAGUUGAACCUAAUUAUCCCAGUGAUGGCAUUCAACCGACUCAGUUAGUAGCAACUAAUAGCGAGGCAAAAAAGAUUAAUUGUUUAGCACUAGAAAAAAUUAACCAGCCAUCUUUUUUUUAUCAAGCGGUUGAUUGA